GCGGAACACGAGAAGAAAACUACAUGUUCCGGCGUGCACCGCACCGGAAGGAGCCGCUGCUCUGGCCCCGCCCCGGAAGAUAAAGUUGCUCGCCAGCGUCCUUUUCCCUCUUCCGGCGAGCUCGGCAGCAGAUCCAGCACCAUGGGCCGCGUGAUUCGUGGGCAGAGGAAGGGCGCGGGUUCCGUGUUCCGCGCUCACGUGAAGCACCGCAAGGGCGCCGCGCGGCUGCGCGCCGUGGACUUCGCCGAGCGGCAUGGCUACAUCAAAGGCAUUGUGAAGGACAUCAUUCACGACCCGGGCCGCGGCGCUCCCCUCGCGAAGGUGGUCUUCCGGGACCCGUACCGGUUUAAGAAGCGGACAGAGCUGUUCAUCGCUGCGGAGGGCAUCCACACGGGGCAGUUCGUGUACUGUGGCAAGAAAGCCCAGCUCAAUAUCGGCAAUGUUCUUCCUGUGGGCACCAUGCCGGAAGGCACUAUUGUGUGCUGUCUGGAGGAGAAGCCUGGGGACCGGGGCAAACUGGCCCGAGCGUCUGGGAACUAUGCCACAGUCAUCUCCCACAACCCCGAGACCAAGAAGACCCGAGUGAAACUGCCUUCCGGUUCCAAGAAGGUUAUUUCUUCUGCCAACAGAGCUGUAGUCGGUGUGGUGGCUGGAGGGGGCCGAAUUGACAAACCCAUCUUAAAGGCUGGCAGAGCCUACCACAAGUACAAGGCAAAGAGGAACUGCUGGCCACGAGUAAGGGGUGUGGCCAUGAAUCCUGUGGAGCAUCCCUUCGGAGGUGGUAACCACCAACAUAUAGGGAAACCCUCUACCAUCCGCAGAGAUGCCCCUGCUGGACGAAAAGUUGGUCUUAUUGCUGCCCGCCGCACUGGGCGACUACGUGGAACCAAGACUGUGCAGGAGAAAGAGAACUAGGACUGAGGGACUCAAUAAAGUUUGUCCUUUGGCUAAUAA